AUGAAUUCUUUUCUAUUUAUGCUAUCAUUUCUGUUGAUGCUUUCAAUUGUUUGUGGAAGAGCCAUUCUCGAUGAUGCAAUUCAUUCUGUAAGAAAACAGGAUUCCAACUCGAAUCGAGAAAUCAUUCCAACGAAUGAUCGUCUAAAACGAUCAACAGCUGAGGAAUUGGGAAAGAAAAGGAGACGUCGAUUGAAUCCACCACCAAAUCUCCGUUUGCGAUCACGAAUGAUGGCCGCGUUGAAUAAUCGAAUUCACCGAAAAGAAUCCACUCUCCAGAAAUUGCCU